AUGAAAAUUUUACCUUGUAAGAAGUCGUACAACGAAGGAGAAUACAAUUCGAGACAGAUCGACAGAGAAAUCAAACACUGGAUCAGAUCAUACAAUGACGCCAUUAAAUUACUGUUACUGGGCACGGGGGAGAGCGGGAAAACGACAAUUAUAAAACAAAUGAAAAUUCUACACAUACAAGGAUUUACGGUCAGCGAAAGAGCAGAAAAAGUGAAACACAUAAAGCACAACGUGCACGAGUCGAUCUACGACAUCGUUCAGAACAUGUCUCGACUGAGCAUCGCUCUGCAGAACAAUAAAAACGUGCGCUCGCAGCAGUACAUACUGAAGUUUGGUCUGGAAGGACCCCCCGAGUACACCGAGGAAUAUUUCGAUCACGUGAGAGAAUUGUGGAAAGACGCAGGCGUGAGGGAGUGCUUCAGAAGAUCAAACGAAUAUCAACUUCUAGACAGCGCGGAAUAUUUCCUCGACAGAAUCGAUCUCAUCGCGAAACCUGACUAUUCGCCGUCAGACGCGGACAUACUGCGCUGCCGUCAGAAAACCACUGGUAUACAGAAAAUUGAAUUCAAAGUAAAGGUUCCAAAGUCAAUGCAAGGUGGAGUUCAAGAUUUCUGGAUGUUCGAUGUGGGAGGGCAGAGGGGUGAGAGAAAGAAAUGGAUACAAGUGUUUGAAGGCAUCAACGCGAUCUGGUUUGUGGUAGCGUGCAGUGACUUCGAUCAGACCCUGCGUGAAGACAAUCGCCAGAACAGACUCACGGAGUCACUCGUGCUCUUCGAGGACGUCUGGCAAAGCAGGUUCCUCCUUGAAGCGGGCCUAAUAGUGUUUCUGAACAAGCAAGAUUUACUGCAGAGGAAGAUAAACGAGGGUCGUAGCAUCGCGCCCUACUUCCCACGGUAUAACACCUUCGAGGCCCAGGGUGACGAGUACACGAAGACGAAACUUUUUAUACGGAGCAUGUUUGCAGCGCUAACGAACAAGCCCCGGGCGCCGGGCGCGGCGCCCGCGGAGCGGUUCGUGGUGGGCUCGGCGCGGCGCGCGCGCGAGUGCUACUUCCACUUCACCACCGCCACCGACACGGACAACGUGCGCACCGUGUUCCGCGACGUGCACCAGAUCAUCCUCGCGCACGUCCUCUCCGACAUCGGCCUCUAUUAAACAUCGGUUCGUGGUGGGCUCGGCGCGGCGCGCGCGCGAGUGCUACUUCCACUUCACCACCGCCACCGACACGGACAACGUGCGCACCGUGUUCCGCGACGUGCACCAGAUCAUCCUCGCGCACGUCCUCUCCGACAUCGGCCUCUAUUAAACAUCGGUUCGUGGUGGGCUCGGCGCGGCGCGCGCGCGAGUGCUACUUCCACUUCACCACCGCCACCGACACGGACAACGUGCGCACCGUGUUCCGCGACGUGCACCAGAUCAUCCUCGCGCACGUCCUCUCCGACAUCGGCCUCUAUUAAACAUCGGUUCGUGGUGGGCUCGGCGCGGCGCGCGCGCGAGUGCUACUUCCACUUCACCACCGCCACCGACACGGACAACGUGCGCACCGUGUUCCGCGACGUGCACCAGAUCAUCCUCGCGCACGUCCUCUCCGACAUCGGCCUCUAUUAAACAUCGGUUCGUGGUGGGCUCGGCGCGGCGCGCGCGCGAGUGCUACUUCCACUUCACCACCGCCACCGACACGGACAACGUGCGCACCGUGUUCCGCGACGUGCACCAGAUCAUCCUCGCGCACGUCCUCUCCGACAUCGGCCUCUAUUAAACAUCGGUUCGUGGUGGGCUCGGCGCGGCGCGCGCGCGAGUGCUACUUCCACUUCACCACCGCCACCGACACGGACAACGUGCGCACCGUGUUCCGCGACGUGCACCAGAUCAUCCUCGCGCACGUCCUCUCCGACAUCGGCCUCUAUUAAACAUCGGUUCGUGGUGGGCUCGGCGCGGCGCGCGCGCGAGUGCUACUUCCACUUCACCACCGCCACCGACACGGACAACGUGCGCACCGUGUUCCGCGACGUGCACCAGAUCAUCCUCGCGCACGUCCUCUCCGACAUCGGCCUCUAUUAAACAUCGGUUCGUGGUGGGCUCGGCGCGGCGCGCGCGCGAGUGCUACUUCCACUUCACCACCGCCACCGACACGGACAACGUGCGCACCGUGUUCCGCGACGUGCACCAGAUCAUCCUCGCGCACGUCCUCUCCGACAUCGGCCUCUAUUAAACAUCGGUUCGUGGUGGGCUCGGCGCGGCGCGCGCGCGAGUGCUACUUCCACUUCACCACCGCCACCGACACGGACAACGUGCGCACCGUGUUCCGCGACGUGCACCAGAUCAUCCUCGCGCACGUCCUCUCCGACAUCGGCCUCUAUUAAACAUCGGUUCGUGGUGGGCUCGGCGCGGCGCGCGCGCGAGUGCUACUUCCACUUCACCACCGCCACCGACACGGACAACGUGCGCACCGUGUUCCGCGACGUGCACCAGAUCAUCCUCGCGCACGUCCUCUCCGACAUCGGCCUCUAUUAAACAUCGGUUCGUGGUGGGCUCGGCGCGGCGCGCGCGCGAGUGCUACUUCCACUUCACCACCGCCACCGACACGGACAACGUGCGCACCGUGUUCCGCGACGUGCACCAGAUCAUCCUCGCGCACGUCCUCUCCGACAUCGGCCUCUAUUAAACAUCGGUUCGUGGUGGGCUCGGCGCGGCGCGCGCGCGAGUGCUACUUCCACUUCACCACCGCCACCGACACGGACAACGUGCGCACCGUGUU